CCCAGGCCCAGGAAGACAAUGAAGGCUGGCUAUUUCUUCCUUCGUGCGCCAGCUGCCCAGCCUGGCUCGAUCCCCUUUCCCAAACCCUACCGAAACCCCAACUCCGGCCAUGGAGGGCGAUCUGCCGCAGCCGCCAUCCAAGGUGCUCGACGACGACGAAUUACUCGCCGCCGAGGCCCUCCUCCGCGUGGGCUUCCCCGCCAUGCCCGUCUGCGCCGACAUAAUGGAGGGCGAGACACCGCCGGCGACGGCGGCGGCGGUAUCCAAGGUGCUCGACGACGACAACCUCCUCGCCGAGAUCCUCAUCCGCGUCGGCCUCCCCACCACGCUCGUCCGCGCCGCCGCCGUCUGCAGGCGCUGGCUCCACCACGCAUCCGACCGCAAGUUCCUCCGCCGUUUCCGUGAGCUCCACCCUCCCCGCCUCCUCGGCCUCCACGUCAUUGAGCAGGGCAGGUUUGCGUGGCCGACCGCCGAGCGCUUUGUGCCGAUGCUGCCUCUGCCUCCGGAGCUCGACGCGGUGGUCCGCCGCGUAAGCUCCAGCCUGGGUAGCUACCGGAGGGACGACGUAAGAUCGACCCGCGUCAUUGGCUGCCGGAACGGCAGUCUACUCAUCGAGCACCACAUGAUCGAAGGCAGUUCUAGACUUGGCGUGCACAGGCUGCUAUUCCCUGAGAAAGGCAUGACCUUUGUUCCAGCACGCCCACGCCCCAAAAUCCACAGUUCCGUUCACGCAUACCAGGAAGAAAUCCUCACCAAAGAAGGAGAAGGCGGCUUGUCUUACUUGUACAUGUUGGUGCCGUAUACCAGGGAGAGGGAAGAUGAGGUACAAGUAUAUAUGUUGAAGGAUGGUGUCUGGUGCAUGCAUGGUAAUUUGACCGUAGAUGGCAAGCUCAAACUUAGUCGGCCGGAUGAAGGACCCGUGCUUGUCGACAAUAAGAUCUAUAUUGCAGUUGACCGGAGCGAAAUUACUGUCUUGGAUUUGACGUCCUUGAGUUUCUCCGAAAUUCAGCUCCCACAAGGGGUGGAUCGUGGCGGCAUUGGCGAGCGAAGUACCAGCUUGGCACGUGCUGAUGCCGCUGGUGUAUACCUUAUGCAUGUCAAGGAGCUUCAAAUUCGCCUAUGGCUCCACAAGGAAGGCGACUGGUUGCUAGUGGACACCAUUUGUUUGCGUGAGAUGUUAGCUAGUCUGCGUAUGCUAGGUUCCAAUGCUUCUCUCCGAAUAAAAAGUGUGGGGGACAAUGCUGAGUUUGUGUUUUUGGAGAUGGGUCGAUGCGCCCUCCACUUGGAUGUCAAGUGCAGGACACUGCGUAAAGUCUAUGAGGUGACAGAAGAGGGUGCAUAUUUGGGCGAUAUCUAUCCUGUUAUGAUGAUCUGGCCUCCAGCAUUUCCUGCACUCAAGGAUGAUCCGGCAAGAGAUGCCAUGUGAAGAACAGCCGUAUCAGUUAUGAGCUAGGGUGCUGCUGGGUGGUAUCUACAUAUGUCAGUGAUAAGCUAGGGUGCCAUCAAGGAUGAGCUGAGCUGCAUCAAUCAACUGGUCCAUCUUUUAUUCUUUAGGCUUAAGUAAUGCAGUACACUGGGUUUGCUACUUUUUCUUGUCCUUACUUGAAUUGGAGACUCCUAACAAGCUACGUGGUUCACUGCGUUAUUUUCUUCUCUUUGGGGGUAAAAGAAGCAGCUGCCUGCCUUGACGUGCUACUUGUCAUCCAGUUUGAAACGUGCUUCGCAGGAAGGAAUUCACUUUUCUGAA